CUCCCCUCGACUAAUUGUUCAGCACGGACCGCCCCAGCAUGCGGAACGAUGCUGUGAUCUUGGUCUAUGCCGGCCAGGGAGGCAACAGCAACAAUGGAGGUGGAGGAGGCGGUGGAGCUCCUCCUGGCAUCAUGAUACUCGGACGCGAAGAACAGGAAUAUCAAAUGAACAUGCAGCGAAAUCGUCUGCAACGGCUCCUCAGCACGACCAUCUUUGUGUGCUUCUUCCUGCUCUUCCUAGACGGCAACACGCAACAAACCCACAUGCGAAGUACCACACCGUCCAUCUCCGACAAGUGGCCCUACACGGACAACGCCACGGAGCGCACGACCCAAAUCCAAUACUUUCAGUCGCUGCUUGAUGCGGAACGCACAUUUCGUCAUCCUGGACAGGUCAUCGUGUCAGACAACAUCACGGGGGUGUACAAGGGCGAAUGGACCACGGUGUCGAAACCAACGUUUCAAGCCGACCUAGCACUGCGGGAAGCCAACCGUUCCGUGCAUCCCGCGUACCGUCCGUACUACGGCAGUGCCGCCCACGCUCCUUCGGACAUACCGCCCACAGGGUCGUCCACCGGCGGCGUCAUUUGGCUCAUCUUGAGCGAAAAACCGUCGCCCGUCGAGGACGUCAACGCCGACGUCGCGUACGUGUCGGGGCAAGUCAUCAUGCACGACAAGUCCCUAGCCAUGACCAUCCUGCCCGUCCAAGGCGUGUUCCUUCGGCGCAUUGGCCGCCUCACGCUCUUCGGCAACAUGCCCGAAGCCAGCAUCGACUUGGUCUACCCUGCCAUGAGUUUGAGCAAUGCCACCACGAUUGCAACCCCAGAUGACAAUGAAGAUGAAAUGCACUUUGAAGUGUCCCCACCACGAUACAAUCCGUUUAUGGGAAGCAACCAACGCCUACGCACGGGCGGCGGCGGGUUCCCGUCCCCACGCGAGCCCUGUGUAUACACAGUCGACAUGGACGUGACCCGCGGCACCAGCAUCACGCCAGGGGAUGUCAAUUCCGUGGGCGCAUUGGCUGGUUUGGCGGGCAGCGACGUCUGCGGUCUGUACUGGCGCGCGAACGCGACGUUCGUCGAAGAAAACUUCAACACAUUUUACACCAAGGCGAGUGGGUACGCCAUUCUCAUGGCGCUACUGUGCCUCGUACAGAUCUACGUCCUACUCAAGCAGCUGCAGCUGAGCAGUACGCAGGCCGCGGCCGCCAAAGUGAGCCUCGUCACUGUGGGCAUGCAAGCUGUGGUCGACUCGUACUUGUGUCUGCUGCACCUGACCACGGGCAUCGUGGCCCAGCACAUUUUCACGCUGUUUGCAACCGUGUCGUUCUUCCAGCUGAUCAUAUUUUCGAUCUUUGAGAUGCGCUUUUUGCUCGUGAUCUGGAAAGCGAGGCGACCUCACCAGUUUACUGAGGGGUGGAAUAUCAUGCGAAGGGAACUCACGACGUUGUACUCGAGGUUUUACAUUUCGCUGCUCGUGGGGCUGUGCGUGAUUUACUAUGGAUGGCAAUGGCUCCACGUGCUGGUAUUUGUGGCGUCGUCGUUCUGGGUACCCCAGAUCGUCCACAACGUCCAUCGGGAAGUGCGCAACCCAUUGGAAAACGGGUACAUCUGCGGCAUGUCGGCCACUCGGCUGUUCUUGCCCCUCUACGUGUUUGGCUGCCCCAAGAAUUUCCUCUCAGCCAUGCCCAUAGUAAGACCCUUCCAAACACUUAGUUGUGCUCAUAUAUAUAGUUUCCACUGCAGUACCAUCCCAACGUGUGCAUUGCACUCGUGCUGUGGAUGGGGGCUCAAGUGGGGGUGCUGCUCCUCCAGCGGUACUGGGGGCCCCGCUUCUUCGUCCCAGCUAUGUUUCUUCCCGUAAAGUACAACUACGAACGGCGCAUGGAUGCGGACCAGCUGUCGUUGCUGCGACUCAACCAAGGCGACGAACUAGACUGUGUCAUUUGCAUGGUGGAGCUCGACCUGGAAGCCCGAGACUACAUGAUUGCCCCGUGUGACCAUGUGUUUCAUCGCCCGUGCUUGCAAGAAUGGAUGCAAGUGAAAAUGGAGUGCCCCACCUGUCGAAGCGUGCUGCCGGAACCGUAAACUAUAUCUAAGGAUAUAUAUAUAUAUAGUAUUCGCACACACAUUUAUAUAUAUAUAUAUAUAUA